GUUUUGAGUGUAAAUCCAUUGGAUUUGAUGUGAAAUUAGUUGUAAAUUGAAUACAAUUUAACCAUAAAAUUGUCUCAACGAUUGUCUUAUAGGACAUAGAGUUGCGAUCAAGUGAUCAGUGUUUGGAUCAACUGCGAGAUGGACGCCGACGACGACCCGAAAGGAUAUCGUUGGGAAACCGAAUACGAGAAGACAUGUGUUUGGAUCAACUGCGAGAUGGACGCCGACGACGACCCGAAAGGAUAUCGUUGGGAAACCGAAUACGAGAAGACAUGGGAAGCGAUCCGUGAGACAGACGAUGGGCUGAUAGAGCCGAUGGUCAACGAUAUGGUGAAUAAAGCCAAACGGCGAAGAAUUGCCGGACAGAAGAACUUAAGGCUCGGAAUGAUGAGACACUUGUUUAUAGUGGUGGACAUGUCUUCGGCGAUGACUCAAACAGAUUUGAGACCAAAUCGAUUGAAAUGCACGACAAAAGUGUUGGAAAUGUUUGUCAACGAAUUCAUAGAUCAGAACCCAAUCAGUCAUUUGGCGUUAAUUAUGACACGAAAUAAAAGGGCAGAAAAGUUGACUGAAUUGAGUGCUAACGUGAAGAGCCAUUUGGACGCCAUUCACAAGUUGUCGGAAACGGUUUGCGCCGGAGAACCAUCCCUUCAGAACUCGUUGGAAUUGGCGCUCAAGACAUUGAGACAUAUGCCCGCACACACCAGCAAAGAGGUGCUCAUUCUGAUGGCCAGUCUUACCACUUGUGAUCCCAAUGACAUCAACCAAACCAUCGAUACUCUCAGUCAGCAGAAUAUCCGCUGUUCUGUCAUCGGUUUGGCCGCAGAGGUGAGGAUUUGCCGAUCGCUGGCCAACAAGACUAAAGGCGUGUAUGACGUGGUGUUAGACGACUGCCAUUACAAAGACUUACUGUUCCAACACAUGGAUCCUCCGGCCUCUGCUCUGACCGAGUCGUCGCUCAUGCGAAUGGGAUUUCCCACGUAUAGCAAUGAGGGCCGCAUUCAGGCCUCUAUGUGUGUCUGUCAUCUCAAUAACAACACAAACUUCAGUUCAUCCGGAUAUCUGUGCCCUCAAUGCAGCUCUAAGUACUGCGAACUACCCGUUGAAUGUCAAGUUUGUGGGCUAACACUUGUAUCUCCGGCCCAUUUGGCGCGUUCUUAUCACCACUUAUUCCCUGUCGAGCUCUACCAAGAGUUGCCUCCAGAGUCGACACUCGAUGUUCAAUGUUAUGCCUGUAAUAAAGAAAUAGUGGCCAAAACUGGCGCUCAAUGUCUUGAAUGCAAAAAUAUCUUUUGCAUUGAUUGCGAUCUUUUCAUUCACGAAACGCUUCAUUUAUGUCCCGCUUGUGUCACAACUCAGUAAACAAUCAUUUUUGUUACAUUUUAUUAUAAAUAUUCAAUAAAUUAAGUAUAAAUUUUAA